GGCUUCCGUUGCCUUCGGCAAUGAAGACAUCCCGUACUAGUACCGUGAGGGGCUUUUGGCGCAGAGCACAAUAGGUGCCAUUUGGUUACACAUGGGAGCCAUGGAAAUCAGGAAGCGGAAUGGGUCGCUUCUUUCCGUCCAACUCGCCGGCGCGCAUUUUUGUCAAUCUCAUACUACUAUCUAUUGGUUAUUCUCAUUCUACCACACUCGUUAUUGAAUUGUACACCUCAGUCAUUACUCAACUAUCUCGCUCGCUGCUUUCCCUACUCCGGUUCUCCGCUUGUUGGUGGUGGACCUCAUCCUCCAUGUCAUCCAUCUGCACUAUCUGUUGUGGAAUUAUACAUGUACUCACACCUUGCCUUUCCUGUCACAUUCAACCUAUGUCUUCGGGUCUUGUCUCGUUGGUCCGCCCUAAUACCGUGCUCUACCUGCAUCUUGUUUAUACGUCACUAUUCUCGUGAUUCUUAUUCUUGUUUAUAGUUGGAUCCCGCUCAACCCCAACGUCACAAUCUUUUCGCGCAUAGAUAGCAAUUGUACCUCAGGUCAUACCGUCGCAUCUUUCAUACACGUAC